GUGACGUCAGUGCCGUGCGCCUCUCCAGCAGCGAGGUAAACAUGGCUCUAGUAUGGUCGUCUCGGCUUUCGUUGCAUGUGCCUCGUUUGUUUCUGGCACCUCGACGGGACCUGGCGGUUAGCGGUCCCGAUGACCCCUUACCAGUGGUGCGCAUCCCACGGGCUCUACAGCGGCGGCAGGAACAGCUGCAGAGUGGGCGGCGGAACUCCCUGCGGCCGGUGCUGGUGCGACCUGGCCCGCUGCUGAUCUCAGCGCGACGGCCAGAGUUCAACCAGCCGGCGCGCCUCACGCUGGCUCGCUGGGAGAGCGCGCCACUCGCUUCGCGUGGCUGGAAGAAUAGGCGCUCCCGCUGGGACCACUUCUCCAUCGAGCGCUCACAACGCGAGACACCAGCAUUGCGGAACUUAUCCGAGGGCAGCUUCUCGGAUCUGGGUCUGGAGCCACGGGUACUGCGCGCACUACAAGAGGUUGCUCCCGAAGUCGUUCGACCCACCACGGUGCAGUCGAGUACCAUCCCCCCAUUACUUCGCGGCCGCCACGUCCUUUGCGCAGCGGAAACAGGCAGUGGUAAGACUCUCAGCUACCUACUCCCUCUGCUUCAGCAGCUCUUGGCCCGGCCAAAACCAGACCCCCACAGUAUCCCAGCUCCUCGAGGCCUGGUCCUUGUGCCUUCGCGAGAAUUAGCCGAACAGGUGCGGAUCGUGGCCCAGCCCUUAGGCAACUCUCUGGGAGUCCAGGUGCAGGAGUUAAGGGGCGGCCGUGGCAUGGCUAGGAUCACGCAGCAACUGUGCAAACAGCCUCCAGCUGAUGUACUAGUGGCCACUCCGGGGGCUCUCUGGAAGGCUCUGAAACGGCAACUGAUCAGCCUGGAGCAGCUCUCCUUCUUGGUAUUGGAUGAGGCAGACACGCUGUUGGAUGAAAGUUUCCUGGAACUCGUGGACUACAUCUUAGGGAGGAGCCACGUAGCAGAAGACCCAGACGACUUAAAAGACCCCUUUAAUCCUAAAGCUCAGUUGGUACUAGUAGGGGCCACAUUUCCCGAAGGUGUAGGCCAGCUGCUGAGUAAAGUCGCCAGCUCAGAGUCUCUAACCACCAUCACCAGCUCCAAGCUCCACUGUAUCAUGCCACAUGUCAGACAGACAUUUAUGAGGCUGAAGGGAGCAGAGAAGGUAGCUGAGUUGGUGCAGAUCCUCAAGCGGCAUGACAGAGCAGAUAAGACUUGCUCCUCAGGAACUGUUCUGGUGUUCUGUAAUAGCUCUAGCACUGUGAACUGGCUAGGCUAUAUUCUGGAUGACCACAAAAUCCAACACCUAAGACUGCAGGGACAAAUGCCAGCCUCAAUGAGGGCAGGUAUCUUCCAGAGCUUCCAGAAGGGCUACCGAGACAUACUUCUCUGCACAGAUAUAGCUUCUCGGGGCCUGGACAGCACCCAUGUGGAGCUAAUUGUCAAUUAUGAUUUCCCUCUCACCCUGCAAGACUACAUCCACAGAGCCGGGAGGGUGGGCCGUGUAGGGAGUGAGUUGCCAGGCACCAUCAUCAGCUUUGUUACUCAUCCCUGGGAUGUGGGCCUGGUUCAGAAGAUUGAACUGGCAGCUCGCAGGAAGAGAAGCCUUCCAGGACUGGGGUCUUCAGUGAGAGAGCCUUCGGCCCAGCUGACAUGAAUAUGGUGCCAUAACAGUGGUCUUUCCCUGCAGGUCUGGAGAGCAGCUAAGUAUGACUCUUUGUAAUCUUUCAUGAGCCGUGAAAAAUAAAGUAGACUUUGGUUUUAUAUUAUGUCAUGAUCUCCAACAAAAAAAAAAUGAUGUUUUUCUGAGUUCUAAUAACAGUUACCACUGGGGCAGCACUCAUUGGAUUGAGAAAGCUCACAUUCCAAAAUGCACACCAAAGAUAAAGGUUCUUUCAACUUUUAGUUUGUAACACUUAGAUUUUAUUUUCUGCCUCUACAACAUUCUUUAAGCCCCCAUGAAAGGGAAAGCUGAUGUGACUGGCAGUAGAGAGUUUUCUUUAUCAAUACUUGGAAAGCUUGAGCACGAGCACUCUUGGUGAAAUUAGCCUUGGGAAGUCCUGGUGAAAAAAUAAAAGGUGGACUGAUACAGAAGUAUUGCUUGGUGUACAUUUCUAGUCUGCCUUUUUCCUCAUCUGUUGGUGAUGGCGGAAGAGGAGAGAGGAGUACGGUAUUUUACCAAACUGGCAAAUUAAGCACAUAGCAUCCUCUCACCGUCUCCUAGGCUCCAGGCUCUGCAGUGUUAUACAAGCCAUGCCUGAAGGGAUGACGACUUCAGUGUCAAAUAUAGUACUCCACAAAACACUUAAAAGUGCUUACACGCUGAAAAGGAUCAGGUUGUAGAGAACAGAAAUGGGCCCAGGGAAACCUUUGCCAAAAGAGAAUAUUGUGCUAAAUGUACAGUGAAGCCCUAUUUUUUUAUGUGAAGAAACAGGUUCAGGGGGAUAAAAAGAACUUGCUCAGAAUCACACGGUAAAUAAAAAAUUACUUUAAA